AUGCCCGAGACUUCGCAGCGGUUUUUAGCCGGCCCGGGGGAGCAGGAAGCCUCCCUGAUUCGCGACUUUGACGCGCCCAGUCAAGUCGACCAAGCCCAGCAGGCUAACUUCCCAAAGUCAUUCGAUCACCACUCUUCGAGGCUCCACUCACUUCACUCUUCGCUACUGCCUUCCCUCUGUAACGCCAGCUCACUCCUGCAGCUUCCAGCACUCCUGCACCUUCCAGCACUCCUGCACCUUCCAGCUCUCUCCUGCACCUUCCAGCUCUCUCCUGCAGCAUCCAGCACUCCUGCAGCUUCCAGCACACCUAGAGCAUCCAGCUCUCUCCUGCAGCUUCCAGCUCACUCCUGCAGCAUCCAGCACUCCUGCAGCCUCCAGCUCACUCCUGCGGCUCCCAGCAGUCUCCAGCUCACCCCUGCGGAUCCACUGACGUCCGGCUACCUAUUCCAGCACCCGCUGACGACCUAA